AUGCGCCGCCAGAUGGAAGAUCUGGAUAAUCGCAGUGAACAGUGCAUCUUGCGGGUGAGAGGCAUGCCUGAACCCAACGGCCCCGAAGAUGUUGAACUCAUACUCACCUCCCUGUUUCGAGCCAUUGUUGGGGAGGCUGUACGGGCAACAUUUGAUUUUGUGAGGGCCUACGUGCCUUACGCCUGCGGUCAAGACAACUUUGUUCCCAGGGACAUAAUCUGCUAUUUUUGUUCCUUCAAGCAGAAGGAAACAAUCAUCCUUAAGGCCUAA